GGUACGCUCCUGAUCAGAACCGAUAAACAUGAGGGACUCAGGGUUUCUUUUUAAGGUAGUUUGGCCUCUUUUAAGCCGGGCUGCUGUUAGUUGGGGUCAGGCAAACAUGACCAGCAUGCUGGCAACGCAGGCGGAUCGGGUCAUGGCACUUGGAGAAUGGGAGGAACGCUGGCAGGAGGACAGAAUAGGUUUCCAUCAGCCUCACGUAAACAAGAUGCUGGAGAACAACAUUGAUAAAGUUCUUGCCAGACGUACGGGAGUUCGCUUCUUCUUCCCUCUCUGUGGGAAAGCUGUAGAUAUGAAGUGGCUAGCAGACAUGGGCCAUUCAGUGGUUGGAGUAGAGAUUUCUGAAAAGGCUAUAAAACAGUUCUUUGCUGAGAACAAUAUGACCUACAGCGAGGAGCCUGUCCCGGCCCUACCUGGAGCAAACGUUUACAAGAGCUCAGAGAGAAAUAUCUCCCUGUAUCAAUGUGACCUGUAUAAAUUCUCCAGUUCCAUUGAGGGUCAGUUUGGGGCAAUUUGGGACCGGGGAUCUCUGGUGGCCAUCAACCCAAGAGACAGAGAAAAGUAUGCUGCUCUCAUCAUGUCUCUCAUGGCCAAAGACUGCAGAUACCUUUUGGACACUUUGUUGUACAAUCCUGAAUUAUAUCAAGGUCCUCCCUUUUUAGUGCCUGACGAGCAAGUAGCGAGCCUGUUUGGGAACAGCUGUGAUAGGGAACUGCUGCAGUCGCAUGAUGCCCUGACAGACAGACAGCGAGGCUGGGGGCUGGACUACCUGACUGAAAAUGUACACCUCAUCACUCCCAAGAGCAUUUAAAAACUUGCAAGUUUAGGGAGCUUAGAAAAGCAGAUCUUGGGCAUUUAAUUGCAAACCCUGGUCCUUUUUUUAUGCUUACACAUCUUUUGGAUACAGCUCCAUUUUGGGGAGGAAAUGAAGGUGCAUGGAAAUAAAAAGAGAAUUUCUAAAAA